GUGAAAAGUUAUCAAACUGAUUACAGAGAGCGUCUUCCUGCAUUCUUUAUUGCAAAAAACUAUGAAUAAUUGAAGUAAUUAGUGUAAAAAACAUUCAAAAUAAUAUAAAGAGUGAACGGUGCAUCCAUAUACUUUCAACUGUAAGAUCCAUCGAGGUAGUACAGCUCGAUAACCCUCAGCUAUGGCGUUGAUGCAAAGGAGAACAAACGUACGUCUGCCACCUGAAGUGAACCGUAUUCUGUACAUCAGAAAUUUACCUUAUAAAAUAACCGCCGAAGAAAUGUACGAUAUUUUUGGGAAAUAUGGAGCCAUACGUCAAAUCAGAGUUGGUAAUACUGCUGAUACUAGAGGAACAGCGUUUGUCGUGUAUGAAGAUAUUUUCGAUGCUAAGAAUGCCUGCGAUCAUCUUUCCGGUUUCAAUGUGUGUAAUAGAUAUUUGGUCGUCUUGUACUAUCAGUCCAAUAAAGCGUUCAAGAAAGUUGAUGUUGAAAAGAAGAAAGAAGAUUUAGAAAAGGUCAAGACGAAAUAUGGUUUGAAUACAGAAGAACGUAAAUAAUCUAAGUCCCACGUUUCUCCCCGAAGUACAUCUGGAAUCAAUGAUAUGGAAACGGAGCAUGUUUGUACACUCAUGUAAAUAUUUUGUAUUUUAUAUUUUACAAUAAAUAAAAAUUUUACAAUAAGAAAAA